UUGAACCCUGUUCGUAACGCAAAAUGGAAACACAGCGCAGCUCGUUCACUUGCACAAUCUACUACACAUUUCAUACAGGCUGUGCCGCAUCUAAGCAUUCUAAAUGACUGUAUAGAAUUGAGGCCUCAAGCCGCUGGUCGAGCCGUAUACGUAAGCUUGCUUCGCCCCUAAGCUUCAGCUCUUUUUACCAAAACUACUUUUCGGUGAUAUUUGUGUGGCUCAUACAAAUGCUAUGCAGUUGAAUAGGCACCCAAGUAUAUCCGUGGGUAACCGUCAGCCCCCUCCCUGGUUCGGUAAGUGAGCCAGGGCCUACAUCUCAGCACGAAGACGGCCAUCAAUAGCGGAAAUUGUCUUGCGCUACAGCCGGUGAUCUUGUUCAUAUACCUUCGUAAGCUCUUGCUGAGCUCCUUUCGUCAAACCACUAGAUAAUGCUUCACCAGAGCGCUGGGCACAAGGCGUGCCAUCGCCAGCAGCAGCUGGCUAGGUGUUCUUCUUCGCAGCUUCUCGUCACUCCACGCCGGGUGUACCGCCCACAGUCCGCGCUCUUUGCGCGUCUUAGCCAGGAGCUAGCUCGCCGUAAUGCUUCUUGCCACGCCGUUCAGCCGGACUUUGACCUCGCCCUAGCGGUUCCGCUCGCGCAUGCCUCAUUCGAUGCCUACAGCCCGCCUGCGGGCGCGAAGGUCUCAGAGGGCUACAAGGCUGUGGGAACCAUGGUUACCUGCCUGAACCCGGACUUCCUCAAAACCGCCUUCCAGGGCAUGCUGGAGGUGACGGUGCUGAGCGCCUCGGGGCUGCGCAACACCGACACUCUGAGCAAGAGCGACCCCUACGUGGUGGUGACCCACGGGUCGCGCGGCUACCGGACCGCUACCAAGGAUAACACGCUCAACCCCGUGUGGGACGCCAAGGCGGCCCCCGUAAAGAUUCCCGUGGUGGAAGCCGUCAAUGGUGUUCUUUCCGUACAGUUGUACGACGAGGACCAGUUCCGGCAGGGCGAGGAGUUGGGCCAGGCCUCCCUGCCGCUGGCUCAGCUUGGGGGCCAGGGCGAGAAGACGCUGACGCUGCCACUGAGCGGCAAGGGUGCUGCCGCCGGCUCCACCGUCACCCUGCGCUGCCGUAUGCGUCUGUGGUCCGAGAUGAGUGCCGCGGAGCUGGCGUCGUUCACCGCCGACAACACCAGCGACGCGGCAGUGGAGGCGGUGGCGGGACUCAAGGUGGCCGAGGCGGCUGCUGCGGCGCUGGCAGCAGAUACCGUGAACGGCGGCGCUGCGGCCCCUCAGCUGCCUGGCAACGUUCAGGCCGCCGCGGCCCAGGAUGCGGCCGCUGCCGCCGCCGCUGCCGAGUGCGCCCAGUGGCGUGACCUUGCUGUGCAGAUGGGCGGGCGGGAGGCGGAGCAGCUGCUGCCGCUGGCCUUCGUGGACGCAACCAGCACUGACACGCAGGCUUGGAUGCUGGCCAACAAGGAGAGCAAGACGGUUGUGCUGUCCUUCCGAGGCACCGAGACGUCCCAGUGGAAGGACAUCUUCAGCGACCUCAACCUCUUCCAGAUCCAACCCAAGAGCCUGAAGCCCAAGAACCCCAAGAUUACGGUGCACAAGGGCUUCCUGGCUGCUUACGAGAGCAUUCGGGAGACCAUUACCGCUCUUCUUGAGACCGUUCUUAACGGCAGCUGCAACGGUUGCUCGUCCAACGGCAGCAAUUGGCGUAUCCUGGUGACGGGCCACUCGCUGGGAGGCGCCCUGGCCACCCUGGCAUCGUACGACCUCAAGCUGCGGGACGCCACUCGCGACAUCACCUGCUACACGUACGGCGCCCCCCGGGUGGGCAACAAGGCGUUCGCCGAGGAAUACAACUCCCUCGUGCCUCACACCUUCCGGGUCACGAACAAGUACGAUAUUGUGGCCAGCGUCCCCCGGGUUGCCGAGUACACCCACGUUGGUCGGCCGGUGCAGCCCGCCGGGGAGGGUGGAGCCCUGCAGGUGGUGCAACCCGCUGCGGAGCUUUCCUUCGAGAAGAAGAUGCUGGAUAAGGGACCCAACUACGUCAUCUCGCAGCACAUGGGCUACAACUACUUGGCCACAUUCCAGAAGGCGGUUAAGGCGGUUGGCGCGGGCAAGGCAAAUGAGGAGGAUGGCAAGAAGAAGCUCGCACAGGUGGCGUGAGGUGCGAGGAAGAGGCGGUUCAGGGUGAACAAAAUAUUGUUUGGGUUGUGAUGAGCAGUGGGGAUGAAGGGCGACGGCGGGCGAAGGUCGCAGGCGGGUGUCAGGUAAGGUUUCUAGGGCACCGCUGAUUGUCGUAAUCUAGGUAAGCUUUCUUGCGGACUGGCGGAGGCGGCACUUAACAAUGUUUGUUACUCGGCAUAUGGAUUAAACGUGCGGCGUGCUGCGAUGUUGCUAUCGUGUUGCUAUUCAUGUUGGAGGAAAUAAUUGUAGGAAUUGGUUUCUCCUUCGAAAACGAUGUCAAAGUGAUAGAGGAAUUGUACGGCAUUCCUCUAUGUUCGAAGCUCGUUGUUCAAAGUCUCCGGUCGUGUGAGCAUAGUUGUAUAUGUAUGUGUUCAGAAGGAGAUGCAGAUACGUGAAGGGGUUCAGCGUCCAGGUCUGAUAUUACUAAUCGGCAAAGCUGGGUCCACGCAAUUGCCAAGUCGACAACAUCGCAAUCAAUUAUAAUGCUCAUGUGUUGCCUACAUGGAACUGCCGUUUGGGGCCUUGGACAAACCCCUGAACCGCCAUGGGAAGCAGCAAGAGUAGAUAGGGCGUGUACAAAAUUUCGACAUAUCCCAUGUGCCUUCCUGGGUGUUGGCUUUGCACACCAGAGGGUGUGAGCUAAUAAGUAUUGUAAUCAGGGAGACCAAUGGGACAUACAUGAAGGAAGGGGC